UUUCCCUCUCUCUCUCUCUCCAACUGCCUCUCCCUCCUUUCCUUAUCUCUUUCCUCGCACCUCCAAUUUCCCAGUUAUGACCGAAGAGACCUCCAAACCCGUGCUUUCAUGGCGGAAUAUCCCUAGCCUGAAGGCAUCCUCUUCUUGCACUCCGUUCGAGACGACGGACCACGAACCGCCCUGGAGGAAGAACACGCAGCUCGGUUUCCAUGGUGGUGGGAGAGGCCGUGGCAGUGGCAGUCGAAGAGCCUGUAAUUUCGCGUGCGUUUCGGUGGUGGAAAAGGGAGAACAGAAGGAGUUCGCGCCCUCGCCGGCUCAGCUCGUGAAGCAUCCGUUGGCGAUACUCGCUUUGGUGCCCAAGGACGCCGCGCUAUUCGCCGCCGGAGCGAUUGCCGGUGCCGCCGCUAAGACCGUCACGGCUCCGCUCGACCGCAUCAAGCUCCUUAUGCAGACUCAUGGGGUACGAGUUGGACAAGAAAGUGCUAAGAAGGCGAUUGGUUUCAUUGAGGCUAUAACAAUGAUAGGGAAGGAAGAGGGUAUAAAAGGGUACUGGAAAGGCAACCUCCCUCAGGUGAUACGGAUCAUACCUUAUAGUGCCGUCCAACUUUUUGCCUAUGAAACCUACAAGAAGUUAUUUAGGGGGGAAGAUGGAGAGCUCUCUGUAAUUGGAAGGCUUGCGGCAGGUGCUUGUGCGGGCAUGACAUCCACUUUUAUAACGUACCCAUUAGAUGUUCUGAGGUUACGCCUAGCAGUUGAACCAGGAUAUCGAACCAUGUCUGAGAUUGCAUUGAACAUGCUAAGAGAGGAAGGAGUAGCAGCUUUUUACUAUGGUCUAGGGCCUUCUCUAAUUGGAAUUGCUCCAUAUAUUGCUGUCAACUUUUGUGUUUUCGACUUGGUGAAGAAAGCUCUGCCAGAGAACUUUCAAAAGAAAGCUGAAGCUUCUCUUGUAACAGCAUUGGUGUCAGCUUCUCUUGCCACGCUCACAUGUUAUCCUUUGGAUACUGUGAGAAGACAGAUGCAAAUGAAGGGCACACCUUACAAGACUGUUUUAGAUGCCUUUACAGGAAUUGUGGCUCGAGAUGGAUGGAUAGGCUUAUAUCGAGGUUUUUUGCCCAAUGCUUUGAAAACUCUACCUAAUAGCAGCAUUAGGCUUACCACCUAUGAUUUUGUCAAACGUCUAAUUGUGGCCAGUGAAAAAGAGAUACAAAAAAUUAUGGAGGAAAAUCGCGACAAACAGCAUCAAAGUGCUAGCGGUUGAAUGAUCUGAACUUUGGCUUCAUUUUACCAAUUUGUUUUACCCAAUUUUUCUGGCGGAGCUCGGGUUCCACUUGAGUGUCUAGUGUAGGACUAGCGAUGAAAAUUUUUGGUUGCCUAGUGAAUCCUUGUCUUGGGCCAUGUUGUGUAUUGAUUUGGUUAGGUUGCUAAUUCUUUUUGUGGAAUUUGUCUUCCACCUUGUACCCAAAUAGCUAGAGUUUGUAUUAUUUUUUUAUUUUAUUUUUUUUUCCGAGGAAGUUUUGUUAAUGUAAGAAAAUUAAUCGUGGUAGUUAAAAGUUCUUCACUUGAUAGUUUUCCCG